GGAAAAAAUGGGGUUGAGUUGAUUGGAGAUUAAAAUAUCUUUAAUAGUGAACUGUUACUAUAUUUUACCAUGUUGCAAUGAAGUUUUGGCUAAAUGCCAUAGUGUUUGUUGACCUUAACAACAAUGUUCUUUUGUAAUAUGUGAGAAAUCAACUACUCAUUCCACUAUUUACCUUCCAAGUUUCAGCAAUAACAUUUUACUUGAUUGAAAAUCCUUUUAACUCCUAUGUCCUACAUGUACCUUUUAGCUGAAUUUUCAUCUUCUUAAGUAGGUAAUAUAUUUUUUGCUUUGUAGAUAACUCCUCAAGAAAAUCUGAUAUUAUUUUGGUUGUCAUGUAGGUAGAUUCGUAUGCUUAUCUGCCACCUAAUUUUCAACAUUCUCUGAAUUCUGAUGACACUGCUACUCUUGUGGUAUUUGAACGAAGGUAUGUAUAUCUCAAUGAUCACAUUACUAAGCAGAUUAAUUGGUUCAACAGAGAAGCAACCACUUUUGGAAACUCCUGGUGAGCGAUGCUGGGUCCUGUUCUGCGUCUCUGAUAAUCGAAAACGAAGCUACCUCCAAACCACUGUACUGGAAAGUUACCAACCCCACUCUAUCUCCUUCUCAUCUCCAAGAUUUGCCUGGUUUUACUCCAAGGGUUUACGAAAGGGACCACGCACUAAUUACACCAGAGAGUCAUGUAUUCAGUCCUCUGCCUGAAUGGACUAAUACAUUGGGAGCAUAUUUAAUCACACCGGAAAUGGCCAGAAUAAUCUGAUGCAUUCCAUUAUUUAUUGUUUUAUAUUUCUAAUGCAUUGAAAAUUUACAUUCAUUUGUUGAUUUUUAUUUUUAUUUUUAAUUUUGCAGACUUUAUUUUUUCAAUUCUUUUUGAUAAUCUGUCCAAUAAAUAUUAGUCAUUUGAAGAGUCUCUUUUGCAUGCAUAUAAUGUUAUACCAAUCUUUUUUUUUUUUAGUAUCACCAAAAGAAUACAGAUUUUAAUGGUUA